AUGGCAUCUUUUGAAGACCUUGGCCCGGAGGCAUAUGAUAGCAAGGAAGUGCAGGCGUUCGUUGAUCGUCACAUUAUGUACCUCCUGGAUUAUGUGGCUGACGGCGAACUAUUCGCUCCCGCACGUCGCUAUCAGCCAAAUGUUGAUAAUGAUAAUGAUGAUGGCAAGAGCGACGCUCAGCAGCAGAAACUCCAACAAAUCGUCACGGUAAUCUGGAAAACUUUGAUCGAGGAGAUUUCGCUUACCCCUAAGGACGACAGCGGAGACACCACUAGCGACAAGCUCUCUCGUGACCAGGCCGCUACUGAAGAGCUCCCCGACGAAGACCCCAUCUCUGCCAACAAGCCCCUACGCCUUGCGUCUCUUCGCAGCCAAGUUCCUGUCAAGCCACACCUGCAAAAGGCCAUCGCUCAAGGCCACAUGAACUACGAUUGGCUAGGCGUCCAUGUCCUCGCUUUAUGGCGCAAUGUACUGAGGAGUCGCCGGUGCAAGCGCCUACGCAUGGCCAAGAAGAGACAGGCGGAGCUGAAGCAAUUGGGAGAAGAUGCGAAAAAGCGGUUGGAGGUUAUCAUGGCUUCCCAGGGCUUGUCCGAUCACGAUUCCCUUGUCGAGAAUGAUGACCCUGCUCAGGGAGGUGCCCCUGCUCAAGAGAAUAUCGCCACUGGAAAUGAUAGUCCUAUUGCUUAG